GGUGGUGUGCGUGUGCGCAGCCCGCCCCCACGUCAGUGUGCGUUGAGCGGUGUUGUGAGUGAGGUUCUGCCGCUCCGCGUUUACAGUGUCGAGUGUCAGUUGCAAGGUUGACCUUGAUCAUGCCGACCGUUUCCGGUAGCGGUGAGGAGGUCGAAUCGCAAGAUGAGGUCAAGGUCUUUAAAUACGAGGGAGAUGAGGAGGAGAGUGAGAAGCGCUCAUCAGAAAACCUAACAGAAGACAAGAGCAGUCUCAUCACAGAAACAGAAGAGGACAAAAGUACACAUGUGCCCUCCUCCUCCUCCUUCGCCCUUGCCUCUAAGAGUGAUGGCCGCCUCCCGGAGACCUCCUCGCCCUUCGGCCUCUUCGGUACGUCACCGUGGGGAGCCGACCGACUGGGCUACCUUUCCCCCUUCGCCUACGCUUACACCAACGGGACUUCUGCCAUGGUGAGUGCGGCGGAAAAGAUGGGGCUGAGUGCGGGACCAGCGAGCGGCUCCCUCUUCUCUCUAUACCACAACGGACAGACGCUGGGCCAGCCGCCUCCCGCACACAUGGGGAUACCGCCCUACCAGCUCGACCCCAAAGCAGGUCUGCGGCCUCCUGUGUAUCCCUUCGCCGCCUCGGGCCAGUACCCCUACCCCCUCAGCCCUGACUUCACGGCGCAGAUGGCCUCCGCUUGGCCCCCCACACGCAUGUACCACCCGCUUACCUCCUGCUCGGCGCUGACUGCCUCCUACCCUUCCUCUCCGCUCUCUCUCUCCACCGCCACCCUCCCCAGGUUCUCGCCGAGUGGUCUAAUGCACCCCCACCCCGGCCUCACCCCGCCCCUCACCCACCCCCUCGUCGCCUCCCCAAAGACAGAGCUUCCCAACACCUCCCACGAUAACCACAGCUCGUACUUGCCCCAUUCAGUAUCAGGACUGCCAUACUGCGCACGCCCCGCAUAUCCUGCGCAUACGUGUCCCCCAGGCAUCUGUUCUACGCUAAGACACCAAGGCCUCGACCAAAAACAGUCUCUGCAGGGAGAAAAGACACAAAUGAUCGAGACCAAAAACGGAGAGAAAAAGCCGCACAUCAAGAAGCCGCUGAACGCCUUCAUGCUGUACAUGAAGGAGAUGCGCGCCAAGGUGGUGGCGGAGUGCACGCUCAAAGAAAGCGCUGCCAUUAACCAGAUCCUGGGUCGGAAGUGGCACGCACUCACCAAAGAGGAGCAGGCCAAGUACUACGAAAUGGCGCGGCGGGAGAGACAACUACACAUGCAGAUGUACCCUGGAUGGAAUGCCCGGGAUAACUAUGGCAUGAUGAAAAAGAAAAAGAGAAAGAAAGAGAAGACUGGUGAUGGAGCUAAUAUGAAGAAGUGCCGCGCGAGAUACGGCCUGGAGCAGCAGAGCCAGUGGUGUAAACCUUGCAGGCGAAAGAAGAAGUGCAUCCGGUACAUGGAGGGCGAGGAAGGUGAGGACAUGGCACCUGGAUCGGCCGACAGUGUAGAUGCCUCGCAGGAGAGUAACGACGAGGAUGACCUUCAAGAGAUGUCAUCUCCAUCAACCGCGAUGGUGGGUGACCAGACUGCCACUUCGCCAGCUUCCUCCAGCCUCAUGCCCUCUCCCGGGCCUUCCUUGGCAUCACCGUCGGGGCCGCCAUCGUUGCUCAUGCAAUCGCCAGCCUCCCUAGCCUCCCCACUAACGCCAGGGGAGGGCCCCCCACUACCCAUCAACCAGGUGCCCCAAGUCCCGCAUCCCCAACGGCCCCCUGUGGGCACCAAUCCCCGUGACAUUAACAACCCUCUUAGUGUAAACCAGUUGACUGGCCAGUGCGCUAGCAACAAGCCCGAUACUGGGUCUCAAGACUCUUCGCAUCCCGCCAUGGUGAGCGUCACAUGACCCACUGCAACCUUAGCCCCCAACACCCACAAGCUGUGCUGGACACGCCCGCCCCAACCCUCAUACCCACACUGCGCCUUUCACCAUGAAAAAGUGCUAUAAUGAAUGCUUAAUAAUUUCUAUCGAGUGUCGUUUCUGGUGGACAGUUGUUCGUCGGGUUUUCAGGACCAAAAUUUUUCCCGCUAGGAUGGGCCUGUGCCAGUACAGUCACCAAUACCUCAGUGUCAAGAGUGUGGCUGAAGACAAAGACUUGUGGCCCCUGCUUGGCACCAUCCCUGUAUAUAAUGUUCCUUCACAUCAUGAAUCAACCCUCCAUUGUCUCACUCACAGCAGUGUUAGGUACUCCACUCUGAAGCUGCUAGGCCAGCCCUUCACUUUGUUCUAUUCUGCAAAUUUUUAAAAAAAAAUUAUGCAAGUUCUAUAAUGAAUAUUGCCGUAUAAGUGAUCACACACACACACACGCACACACGCACACACACACACACAUACACACACACACACACACACACACACACACACACACACACACACACACACACACACACACACACACACACACACACACACACACACACACACACACACACACACACACAUGGUAAUUCAUAACAUCCUCUGCCUUAGUAAUUGUGUGUAUUUUUAGCCCAAACCUUGCCAGUGCUGAGGACUGAGUAGACAGUGGCCUGCCGGGAGGGAUUGUCAAGGGACCAUGGUAGCUGCUGGAAAGUUACUGCUACUUAUGAAACUAAAUAUUUUAAUAUUCAAAUAUAAUUUAUUUGAAUUUUUAAAAUGCACAGUACAAUAAAAUAUUUGAUCAUUUUGCUGCCCAGAUACUACUAGUGCUGCUGCAGAUAUAACUACUACUACUACUACUACUACUACUACUACUACUACUACUACUACUACUACUACUACUACUACCCACCACCACCACCACUUUUUUUUUUUUUCACCCAGUGAACACCUUGAGCUGUGAACCAACCACUAACCACCAAGUGUGUCAUUUACAUCCAGCAUUAUCUUGCUUCACCACCACAUGCCAACUGCUCUUCUGAAUCUGCAGUACACCAUGUAUUUCCCUCCCUCCUCUGCUGUUUUCUGUGUAGAUAGAUUUCAUGAAUUUCUAAAUCAUCUGAGAUAUCAUGUUGCACAACCAAAGUUCUCAUAUCUAAGACACCAGAACCUUCUGAAACUGAACACAUCCAGAAUUUAACUAAAUUGAAAUACAGUAUUCACUUUCUGAUGCUGCAGUAAAUGUACAUUGCAACAAAAUGGCUUCAUAUUGUAUGGCAGCUAAGAUAUUUUACCUGAGCACCAAACAACACACAUGUAUUAUUCUGACUGACUAUUUACAGAGUUGUAAAAACACUAAAAGACUCAGAGGAUCCAACAAUGAUGUCAUGAAUUAUCAUCAUUGUCAUCAUCAUUCUUGACAUUUUCUAUCCUUUUAAGAGUCACCUAUAAGAAAUGAUUGUGCAGAAAUGUUUCAACAUGCAUCUUCAUGUAUGAUUCAUCACCAUGCUACAUCACAUAUUCUUUUCACAUACUUGCCUAUCACUCUCCACUCUGUAACUGCAUCAAAUAUAAGUCUCCCUCUUUCACUUGUGGCCCUUUCCUCAUAUGACUUUCACUUCAUAUAUGCACACAAACACUCCUUCCACUCUAAUUGAAUUGUGUAUUGUUUGCUAUCUUCAUUGAAGCCAUUUCAUGCCAUCUGGGAUGUGCUCCAACCCAUUAAGUAACAUUGGACACACUUGCCACAUACCUAUAAAAAUGUGAUCAUUUUACAUCCAAAUGAAACUUGAAUCUUAUAACAAGUGCACAUUGUUGAAAAAUAAAGGAAAAUUACAUAAGUGAUUGGAAUAUUACUUUUAGCUGCCAAAGAUUCAUGCAGAUUGCCAUGCACAUACUGGCAAGCUAGAGGGCAGCAUCUACCAGACCUCAGAAAUGGCAAGGUCUAUUCAAGAAAGAUUAAAGUCAUGUGCUGGAUGUGUGCAGUUUCAAGAAUUAGUGAAAAUCUUCUGGCAUCUUUAAGCUAGCAACAGACAAUGAUUUGCAUAGCAGUUAUCAAUUAUUUGUUUUCGGUUCCUCGGCGUCUGUACUUGUGUGUGUUCCCUCAAAGACCGAGUGGAAGCCCAGCACAUGUCAGCAAGGCAGCUGAGCCAAGCUGAUGUGCUAUCCUGCCUCACUGCUGCCAUCAUUAUUAUAAUUAUUUUAGGUGUUUGUUUUUUGCUGUUGAUUUUUUAUAUGUGUUCUAAGUGUUGUAAGACACCUCAACAUUUCUUUUCCCUGAAUGCUACAAGUGUAUCCAUUCUUCCCACCUCUGAGUGUCGAAAAUACAUACAACAGUAUACACACUUACUUGAAAAUUUAUCACUUUAAAACUGCAACCAAUAUGGCUCCUUGUUUUGUCAGAGAAUAUAAGUGAUAUAUUUACCUAACUAACUUGUUUGAAGUACAACAUUUAUGGCAUUAAUAUAUUUUUUUCUUUAGUGUGUGUGUGUGUGUGUGUGUGCGUGCGUGCGUGCGUGUGCGUGUGUGUGUGUGCAUGUGUGCAUGUGUGUACGUGUACAUGUGUGUGUGUGUGUGUGUGUGUGUGUAUAGGCAAGGUACAAAACUAAUUCUUCUUUACAAUGAAAUUGUAAAAAAAUGUCAGUAAUGUUUUCCUUUGAAUUGGUGUCUGUGGUAUGUGGCAUGAUUAGUGAGGUGCAGCCAGUGUGGUGUCCUGCCAGCCUGGAUGGAGGAUCCCUGAGCCUCUUGUUGUCACUUCUCCUUGAUCAGCUCUUCAGUCAUACAGGUGUCAUAGGGGUGACUGCUGCUGCUGUUACUUAUUAUUCAAAAUGACAUAUGUAUGCUGAUUCUUAACUCAAAAUAUCAAAAUGGAUCACAGUACAUAUUUAAAAAUUUUCAAGUAAAAAAGUAUUCAGACUUUGCAGAUUUUUUGUAGGUUAGCACUGUGCCACUCACAAUCUAAUGUCACAGGAAAACCAAGGGCUGUGUCAACUUGAUCAGUCAUAUUCAUAAUGAAAAACUUGUCUUGGUCACAAAAUCCAUAAUUUGGCCUGAGCUCAGACAGGAAGAAGCUUUUGUAUAGCUCAUGACUGUGCUCACAAGCAACCUGUUCUGUAAUCUAUGCAGCAGCAGAUCAACAAGAUGGGAAAGGUUGUUGUACAUUUACACAAUAAUUACAGUAUAAAAUGUAUUGUUCAAGCAAUUUUUAAAGGGUAAGUGAGUAUGUGUACAGUCAGCAACAUAAAGGGGCCAAGAAUUGAAGAGGGUAUUGUGUCUGCUGCUGCUGAGUUACAUUGUGAUGCACAAUGCUGGCAAGAGAAAACAGAAAUGCAGGGCAUUACCACCAGGCUGUCAAACCAAAUAUUCUUAUGUACCAUCAGAAUAAGGAAUUUUCUCACUUCCAGACUGUCAACCAACACAACAGAGGAACAUUGAUAACACAAAUAAUGUACUAUUUUGAUCUUUAUAUGUUUGAUGAGUGAGUGUACUGAUCUGCACCACUUCAGGACAAAAUAUGUAACUGAAUACAUAUUGUGUAAUUGCAUUUUUAGAUAUGAUAUAUUGAGACACCAUAUAAAAGCAUGUGCUAGUGCCUCACGUACCAACACCAGUCACUGCUGCGGGUGCAUACCCUGUGGCUGUCUCAGCAGUCACCCAGCUGGCACUGGCUAAAUCUUCUCACCACCUAAGAAGAAAGAACAGGGACAGGGAUUGUCUGACUACACUAUCUUGUCAUUCACCUUUACAAAAUGUCUUUCCAUCCCAGUGAUGUAUUUUAUUUUUAAGGGGACACUGAACUUCAAAUAAAUGUAAAGUAUCAAUUGUAAAAUUUUUGUAAAAAAUCUACUUUUUAUCAUUUGUAGUGGCAGAUGUGAAUCCUCAAGCAUAUUGUGUGUGUGUGUGUGUGUGUGUGUGUGUGUGUGUGUGUGUGUGUGUGUGUGUGUGUGUGUGUGUGUGUGAAUGAGUGUCUGUUUGUAAGAGAAAUCUUAUACUUCUUUGGGUCUUCAAGUUCCUUGCCUUCACCACCUUUGUGUAAUCAAUGCAAUCAGAUGAGGAUUGUAUCCAAAUCAUCAGAUCCCUCCUUCCCAUUAUCACUUGUGUGGUGAAUGCAGUACAUAAUUACUACCUGAAUCAUCUGAUAAGUCUGAGUGAAUCUUGUAGCCCAGCCACUCAUUUUUCUACCAUCAGAGGAUCCUCUUAAAAUGUUUAUCUUGUGGUGCAGUUCAGUCCCAGUAAAAAAAAUUUAUAAGUGGGAUUUCUGUGGGCAAAAGAAAAGUGGCUGCGAGCACCACACAUCCAGGUCCUUCCCUUCAUGUUGGAGCUGCUGAGCCACCCACUCCUCGGUGUUGCCUGUAGGAGGCUGAUGCUGGCUGCCACUCAGAGCUUGUGCAGACUUGAUGACAAAAUGUUUUGCAUUAUAAAGGUCUCUUAGAAAUCACAAUUCCUCGUGUAUAGUACAGGAUUUUGUAUGUGAGGGAUAUGUAAGCUUUUUUGCAGGAUUUCCAUUUUUUACUCCAGUUUUAGAAACUUUCACCAGUGAUAAUGAUAAUGAUGAUGGCAGUGUUGCAGACUCAAUGUAAAUUCAGUAUAUGUUAUUCAAUCAGCACAAACUUUUGCAAAAGGAAAAGGAAUGUCUGCUGAGUUGGCAACACUGUUAUAGAGUUAAUUAAUGAAGCUCCGACUAGCUGAGGGUGGCCUCCUUGGGUCCCCAACCUUGUCCCUAACACAUUGUCCAGAACAGUCCAGUAAUGGCACCUUCUUCCUUCAUCACAUUUAUUAUGUUUGCUUCAUACUAACAAGGUUAAAAAUACCACUUGUUCAACAUGUACAAUCUGGAAGAAAAGUUAUGCUGCCAUCAGAGUCCUGUGAAGGUUCAAAUUUAACAUGUGUAUUACUUUGGUUGUUUCAAAUGUUAUCUUUUAUGUUAUACAUGAAAAAAAAAACUGCAAUGUAUCUACACUUUAUUGUGUGCUGCUCUUCAUUUAAGAGUUAGUGACUUCAAAAGAUAGGUAACACCUGUCUUUCUUCUUCUGAGCUUUAUGCUUACAUGUUCCGAUCUUGCUUUUGUCUCUACUCUUACUUGUUCCUUUCUUCCUAAUCCUUGUCCUUUUAAGGGGCUGAAUGCUGCAGUUAUCCAAUAAGAUUCAACAUGUAAAUGAUUUGUUAGAUAUUCCAGCCUCACUGGACUGCCAUGCUGUGAGUGAAAUAGCUAACUCCAUUUACACUUAAGAAGAUUUGUAUGACCUUGACUAAUUUAUGUUCCCAACAUUUUUAAUUCCUUUUCAACAAUCCUCAAAUAAUCAAUAACCAUACAUGCAUGUCAUUUCCUGCCUUCCAGCAUUGUGGAAACACAGAAAUUGACAUAAAAGUGGAAUUAAUUGACUGGAGAGGCUUUUACCAGAGAUCUAAUCUCCAUCAGGAUAUUCAGAAAGAAGUCCAACAUUUGCACCAGUCUUAUCAUUGCCAUGCCCUAAGUGGGUUUGAGUCAGCCGAAACCGUAGUGACCUUGUCAUUACGCAGUUAUUGUCUUUCAAAAAUAUGCAUUCAGCUAAUGUAAGGCAGAUCAGCACACCAAAACUAUCUGUUGUACAAAGUGAUAGUUAGCUCAUCCACUUGUGAACACAAACCAUCUUCCAGUUUAUAUCAUGGCUAGCAAAACUCAACUGUUUUUGUCUUCAUCAUCCCUCCUCCUCCUCCUCCUCCUCCUCUUCUCAGCGAUGCCUUUGUAUGUCACUGCAUUCUUGUUCCUCGUCAGUCCAUUCGUGCAUAGAGCCUUAGCCAGAUAUUCCCAGAUACUUUGUUUAUUUACUUAUUUAUUUUCUGUAGUUCAUGUAACACUACAUACCACAUUUUGCAAAUAUCUUCCCUUGACUCCCCCUACAAAGCAAGUUCACCAUAAUCUCUCUGUCUGCGUGUGUAUGUUGUUGUAACAUAUUCCUCUGUCUGGGUAAUUAACAGACAAAAUAUUCUAAAGGGGAAAAACAAAAUAAAGAACAAAAAUAUCUAAUUUUUUUUUACUCAGCCACCGUAACUCUAGUACUAGUCUCGCUCUGUCCACACUUGCACAUACCCACGCACACACAACUCGCUGGCUUGGUGGUAACUUUCUUGCCGGUCACUUGGCAGGCAUAAAUUUGCGACCUGUACAGAUUGUGAAGGUUUUUACUGAUAACUAAUUGCUGCCCCUCUUGAACAAGCUUUGUGCGUGUGUGGGUGGGUGUGCAUGUCUUUUCCAUUGAUCAAACUGUAUGAGCUUUAAGCUCUAUCCAGGAGGAUAAAGCUGUGACUCUAAACACAAUGGGUGAUCUUUAAUUAAGACCGUGGCGACUUACACACACACACACACACACACACACACACACACACCAUCCUUCCAUCCUUCCCAAACAUAAUCAAUUCUCCCUUUAUUGUUGUAGCAUUCUUUUGAUUCCUUGAUACCCCACCCAAACCCCCGAUACACCCACUGCUCCCAUCCUCCAUCAGCCCACCAGCCCUCACUCUCAGCCCCAACAUGUCCCCCGCCACCCAAGGCUUCGGAGCUUCAUGAAUCCAAUCGGCGACACACGAGAACGACUUCGCCCUUGGAGAGGGACACACACACACUCACCUCACACGGGGCAUAGCAGGGGAAGGUGGCACGGUUUCGGGGGCGGGGUGGGGACGGGGGCGUUCUAAAGAUCCCCUAACCCUCCCCCCUCCUCCGAUGUGCGGAUAUAUAACAAAUAAUAAUAAUAAUAAUAAUAAUAAUAAUAACAAAUAAUAAUAAUAUUAAUGAUAAUAAAUAAAUAAUAAUACUAUGUCAAGAAUGUUCACCUUAGCGUUUCUCAUUCCCUAGGUCAAGUGGUGAGUUUUGUGUGAUGUUGGUGUUGAGUAUUGUACAUAUGACUGAAUGUUAUCGGUUUUUCAUUUCAUUUUUUUUUUCUAUCAUCAUUAUAUUUCUCUUUUUUCACUGUUUCGAACUAGAAGGCUGUUGUAUCUUUCCAUAAGCAGUCCAUGUAGCUGUGGAUGUGAUUUGUUCUCUCACUGUGCCAAUUUGCCUGCGGUCCCAGCCGGUCAUAAAUAAAAUAAGAAAAAUGAAAAAAAAAAAAAAAAA